CAGAAUUUUAUCAUUAUCUCUGCUAAAAAGCUUCACUUGCCGUUGAAUAAACGAAAAAUGGAGGAGAACGAGCGCUUGUCGAUGAAGAGGAAAGAUUUUGACAGAGUAAACGACGAAUUCUCUGAUUUUUCCCUCUCUUCUCCCGCCAGGAAGAUUCGUCGUCUGGAUGUGGAUUUGCCACCGAUUAUGGAGGAAGAGGAAAUUGAUUUGCCGAUGCAAGAUACGUCCGCGGAAGAAAUUGAGCUUGAGCCGGUGAACAAUGACAGAGCAAUUGUUCUAUUUAAGCCUCUUCAUUAUCAGCAUCCUUCUUCUUCUGGAAACCUAUUUGUUGAUAGAGACUUGAUUUCUGGGUUUAAGAAUAGGUUUCUUCGCGAUGUAUCAAUAGCUGAUGAUAAUCACUAUGAAGAUCAGAGAUCCAACAAAUGCCAAGCAGUUGUUUGCUGGAAUCCUUCUCAGUCUACUUACUCACAGCCCAUAGGAACCUUCCAACAACCGCGUACACUAGAGAUUACUGAGUUGGAUGAAACAGGUGAGGAUGCGGUAAUGGAUGACGCAGCCAAUGAGAUAGAAGAGGAUAAUGGAAGCGCCACUCUAUCUUUUCCUCAUGAAGGACAGCAGCAAGAGCCCACCUUUGGUUUUGGCUUGCAUCAGUGGCAGCAACAACAAAACUGUAUGAUUCCUCAGCUUCCUCAAGUCAGUACUACUCCCACUCCCAUCACUUGGUUCAGAUGAUACGGCUUAAGCACGGGAGACAGGAGCCCACCAUCAGCGAAUAGGGAAUCCACGAAGCAGAGUAGUAGAGGCAGAUUUGUUGUUAGUUUUGUUUCUGCCUUUUGCGCGGAUUAGAGAUAUGGCGUAGUUUUGUUGCUGUAUGUACCAAACUAAUGGCUUCAGCUAUAUCUCCCCUAGGGUUGUUUGGAAUAUUAUCUUUUGGAUGUCGCUAAAAUAACCUGAGAUUAACGUU